AUGAAUUCGGGGGGGCUGGCGACCCCUUCUCUUCCCCCCAUCGCAGAAGACCCUCCUCCGAGCGGAGCCCGCCUGCCCCGCCCCUUCCUCCAGAGUCUCCGGAUCCUCUUCGAGAUCUUGGACGACCAAGGCCAAGGGAGCGUCCACAUCUCGGAGAUCGAGAGCCGCUGGGGGCGGGGCGGCUCCGGGGUGGCCCCCCGAGAGGACCGAGAGAUCCCAGCCGGGGUCCUGCAGGCUCUCCAGCGAGUGGCCGAGCCCUGCGGGGGCUUUUUAAGUUUUCCCCGCCUAGUGGCCGGGUUGAGGAUUGCCCUCUUCCAAACCGAAGAAGGAGCAGCAGAGGAGGCGGACUGGGGAAGCACAGGAGCUGCCCAGGUGAAGAAGGCGAGUCGGACACGAGAAUCUGAUGGGAAAGGAGUCACUCGAUCCAGGAGCACAAACAGCUUCUUGUCCCAAAGUGGGAGGUGCAGGAUGAUUCCAAAGGAACCGCGUAGACAUACUAUUUCCGGUGAUGUGGAAUAUGAAAUGCUCAAGCAGAUGCAGCAGCUGGAAAGAGAGCGCGAUGCCUUGCUGCAAGGCUUGGAAAUGGUUAACCAGGUACGCGACUGGUUACAGUGCCACCUGCUGGAAGCUCAAAAACGCCAGAAGCACAUGGGAGCCCAGGCGAAUGACAGCCGAGAUUCUUACUCUAAGCAGAGCUGCCUGCUGCUGGCCAAGAUCCAGGAAAUCAACCUGUGCUUGAAAAGUUUACUCACUUCUUCUGGAAAGCCCGAAGUGCCACUCAAAAGUUGGAGGGUUCCCUUUUCCUCUCCAGAAAAUCCAUUUCACCAGCAAGCCAUCAUUGUGCUCAAGGAACAGAACCACCUGUUGACCAAGGAGGUGUCCCAAAAAUGCCACCGCAUUGCACAACUGGAGGAAGAAAAAGCAUCCCUUUGCAAGCAGCUGAAGGAGAGCUGGGGUUACAAACUCCCCAGCCACAAGGAGUUCACCUUCAUCUGA